UUAAUUUUAAUUUUAACAUUUAAGUAGCUCAAUAAGCGUAGAACGUAACCCUUCUCGAAGCCGGGACCUUUCCCCAAAAAGCAAGAAAAUCAAAGCAACCCAAAAAAAGCUAUCGAACGAAACGCGAGUGGAGUCGUAGAAUCGGUCGCAACGAAAUUUGCAUACGAAACGAAACGGAAGAGAGAAAACAAAAAUACCCGAAACGGAUUGAAUCUCGUGCGCGGUCAAAGUGAUCUCGGUCAAUCGGUGAGGAAGUGAAUCCAGUGAGUUCAAACCUCAAACAAAUAAACCAACGAACAUUUUAACGAAACAGCUGCAACAGUUUUCUGUUUAGUUUCGAGCCAUCCCGAAAACCGAACGUCAGGAGAAAAGUAAAGUUCUGCCCAAAAACACAAACCACAAAAGUGCGAUUUUUCGGGUGUGUCAGCGAACACAUUCGAACACGCCGAAACACGCACGAUUGUCACGCCGUGGUGUGGUGGGCAAGGAUCAGCAGAAAUCGAGUUGUGUGAGAGUGAGAGAGUGGUGUAAAAAUAAUUGAAUCGCUACGCACCUCGGAGACCCGUGCAAACCGUGUCAACGUGAGGACAGCACGCACCGGUGGCCGCCAUUUGCGAGAGGUGUAAAAAGUGGCGGGACCCGUUAACGACCACACCACACCCAGCCAGAGGCCAGCUCCGGAAGGGCGAAAUCGUAUCGAUUCGCGCGUCGAAGGGAACGGCAGUUUGUCGACGCAGCGUCAACAAGAGCAAACAUCGAGUGUUGAGUGUUGUUAAAAUUAAAAUUUAAAUGUUUUGCCUAAGCACCGAGUAUCAGCAGUGAGAGAGCGAGACAAGAGCGAGCAGCGAAACGAAAUGGCGCACGUAGAACCCCAGACGGGCGGGCCGAGCGCGGGCAAUGAACGGGAUGCUGGUGAGCGAGAAAGCGGCGGUGGAGUUAGUUUGAAGCGCAAAAAGGUGCCCUCGAUCGGCGAUGCGGUGGCCGUGCCAUCGGAACAGCGAUCGUACGCGGCGGUAGUGAAAGACCAGGAGCCACCGGCGGCUCCAUCGUCGUCUGCGUUGGGCAACCUUUCGACGGCCAACGGCAAACGGCUCAAGCUGGACAUCAAGGACCACGGUGGCGCGGCGAUUAUCACGCCGGCACCGCUCCACGGCGACAAGCCGACGGUCGUACGCAGCAAGCCACCGAUUCCACCGAAACCGGACGCGAACCGGACACCGUCGGGCAAGGGGGUGGCGACCGGGGCGCGGCCCAAGAAACAACAGGUCACCGAGUCACAUAAUGCGCACACCGUCCAGAAGCUACUGGCGCAGAACGAACAGAUGCGCCUGGAGCUGGCCGAUCUCCGGAGCAGUUUGGCCGCGGAACGCAACGCGGUGCGUGUGCUACGAGCCCAAAACGAGGCCGACCUGCGAAAGACGAAAGCCGAAUGCAAGAAGCUCCAGGAGGCGCUCCAGCACCAUAAGCGCAACGUGGCGGCCCAAACGGUGCCACCAGCGCCGGCGGGAGGUUUGCCGGCCAAACGCACCCGAGAACACGAGCUGCUGCCCGGCCUCGCUGGCCAGGAAGUGGCCCGCGGCGGCCACCAGCCCCUGGAGGUUCUGAAGCUGAACCAGGAAUUAUCCGCCCUGCGGGAAACGAACAGGUUUUUAGAGGAAAAAUAUCAGAUUUCCUCCGAGGCUGAACGGCGGAAAGCUGCUGAUAUUCGCGUCCAGCGUGAUCUGUACGAGCUACGGUUGACUCAACUUUCCAAGUCUGCCAAGAACGAAAUCCAGCGACUGCUGGAGGAACUGAAGUCGAAGGAACGCAGCAUAGCACAGCUGAAGAAGGAGCUGCAGACUUCCCAACAGACCGCUGUCGCUGGCGGAUGUCGCAAGGAGCGUAAGGCUGCUGCUGCUAAAAAUUCCGCUCAGCAAUCGCACGAGAUGCGAAAAUUGCGUGAGACAGAAUCAUGUAGCGGCACCAUUAGCAAGUGUAACAGCAACCACAGCAUCCAAUCUGUCGACGCCGAUUACGAACAGCUGGAAACGAGAGAAACGCUGGAGCUGACGAUUGUCACGGCAACGACAACGACGGAAGUUGUGUCAACCGCGGCUGGCAGCGACUGUCACCCGAAUCGGAGAUCAAACGGUCGGCCGGAGCCGGCCGAUUUACUAGGAAUAGCCACGACGACGUACGGCAACGAUGAGGCUCCACAGCCAGCGCUGCCGUACGAAUUACCCCAACGAACCAUGGAAGCUCACAGCGAUGACAACGACCCCAUUAGUAGUAACAGCAGUAGCAGUAGCAGUAGUAGUGCCAGUAGUGUAGAAACGAAACGCCUAAGUGUAUUAGCGAAACAAUCAACACCUCCCAUCGACUGCCGGGACCCGUCGCUCGGAUCGGACACGGAUUCGGCCCUGUCCUCGAUGAGCCCGCAGCCGAGCAGCUUCGAACCCGCGGAACCGGUGACGGAUCCGUGGCAGGUGUGCGGCGGGGGAGACGGCGGCGGCGACGCCACGGUGAAGCUGACGCGGAUAAAGACGCAGCUGGACGAAAUGCAGCACCGGUAUGGGUCGCUCGGGCAGGACUACGCCGCCGCCAAGGAUCAAAUCGAUCGGCUGGAGCGAGAGCUGCUGAAGGCCACGAAAGAGACCCAUGAACUGCGCGAACAAAACGAACUGCUCGAGUUCCGCAUAAUCGAGCUGGAGGAAAGCCAUGACAAGUGGUCACUGGGCAGCAACUCGAGCCCAACGGUCGGUGGAAGCACGACGAAGGACGGCUGGACGGACACGGAGAAGGAGCACGAUGAGCUGACGAUGCUGUCGGAGCGGUCCGACUCCGGCGUGACGUCCCCGAACAGCCACCACCACCUGGAGGACCAGCCGAGCGGGGUGCCGUCGCCGUGCGACCUGUCGCUGCUGGACCAGAUCCCGACGGACGACGUGCGCAAGCGGCUGGUGGCGAUGACCAAGCGGCCGUGCUACGACGACGAGGACAAGCUGUGCCUGCUGCAGAUCCUGUCACUGCUCAACAACCUGGAGGCCCUGUCGCAGGACCACGAGAUCGCCGGCGACGACCUGAGCCUGGUCGAGAUGCCUUCCCCCAAGUACAACUACGCGCUCCCGGAGAGUAGCACCCCGCCAAAGGCCCUCCAGUCGUACCGGGCGGGUGCGGGCAAAAUUGUGGCCACGGUCCAGCCAUUCCACAGCACGGACCGCAGCACGCCGGCGGAACCAGCCGUCGCCACCACCGCCACACCCAGCAAGAGCAUGUCGAUCGCGUCGAUCGCCGAAACAUUCGGUGGCAUGAAGAAGACGACGCGCUGGAACACCGCCGCGGCCCUGCAAGAGAGCGGGGUGUUCGUGGACGAGCCGCUCGGCGCGUACUCGGCGGCGACCACGCAGACGGAGCUGGAGGACUUCCCGUGUCCGGAGAAGACGAACGCCGAGCUGUGCGCGGAGAUUGAGAAGCUGAACAAGUUCCGCCAAAAGAUCGAGGAGUGCAAGGGGAGCGCGGCGAAGGUCGGGCCGCAGCUACCGGCGGCGACCGGCGACGAGACGUGCGACCGGCGGCGGCUCCAGUUCUACGUCGAGCGGUCGGCGGCGCUGGAGAACAAGCUGAAGGUGUACGAGAGCAGCGGCGACCAGCAGCUGCGUCUGCUGGCGGAGCGGCUGGAUCGGGAGCUGCACCUCGAGGGCUGGGUGAAGCAGCUCUCGGAGCGGGUCCACCACCUGGAACUGGACAAUGGGCGGCUAGAGGAGGAGCGUUGCGAGCUGGAAGAGGUCGAGAAUGACACCCGGUUACGGUUACAGCGACUCGAGGAGGACCUGGAGGUGAUGGGCCAACGCAACGUGGAGCUCGAGCUGUCCCGUGGCUCGUACCAGACCAAGUAUCAGGACGCCAAGGGCACGAUCGUCGGGCUGGAGGAGUUGGUCCAGAAGUACGAGGAGAAGAUCUUCCUGCUGGAGGAGAACGAGCACGAGCUGCGCGAUCGGAUCGAGGUGAUCAACAUGUUCAUCCCGCUGCUGCUGCUCUACAACAGCUGGCAGAUCCACGAGCAGCUGAAGGCGCUCCAGCAGAAGCAGCGCGAGGACCUCCACCAGCAGCAGGCUCAGCAGCGCCUUCGGCAGCCACGGCCACGGUCGCCCCCGGCCAUCCAGUGCAUCCCGCUGGAGCGCAUCGAGUACUACGAGGGCACCGGGACGGAGGGGCACGCGGGCGAUGAGCUGCAGCAGCGACUGAGCGAGCUGAUGAAGCGCGAGAAGGAGCUGACGCAGAACAUCGCCGAGCUGAAUCGGGCGUACAACGAGACGCUCGAGAACGCGGACAACCUGUGGGCGCAGAUGGAGCGCGAGUACAAGGAGAAGAUCGGCCGGUGCGAGCAGGAGGAGGCCACGCUCAAGGCGAAGAUCGCCCAGCUCGAGGAGCGACUCGGCAAGGACGCGGAGUACGCGAGCGAACGGAUCGCGCACCUGGAGGAGGCCGAGAACGGGCUGAAGGCGCGCAUUAGCCGGCUAGGCAAGGAGAACAAGGAACUCGGCGCCAAGCACGGCGGGCUGCUCGAGGAGUACGGCGCUCUGAAGGACGACUAUACGCAGUUGCAGUGCUAUCUGCGCGGCCCAGCGGCCGAGGCACUCGAGCGCGAAAAGAAACGCGUCCUGGCGCUCGAGGACGAGCUCGCCCACACCGGCCAGAUGUUGCGCGACAGCGAGGACUCGCACCGGGCCGAAGUUGGCACUCUGCGCGGCCGACUGCUGGCCGCCACAAAGGAACUGAACCACAUCGAGGUCACCAAUAGCGAGCUGCGCGAGGAGGUCGAAACGCUGGAGGCUCGCAUCCGUGAGCUGAUGACGUUUCGGAGCCGCGACGAGGAAAAGAUCAAGCACCUGACGGAGGAGCUCGAGUCGAAGCAGUCGCAGAUUGUGGCGCUCCAACACACACGGUCCACCGCUGGUGGCGGUGGCAACAGUGGCUUCCGGUCGGUGGCGGCAGCGGCAGCCGCUGGGCGCAGCCUGGCACAGGAACUCGGCUCGUACACGCCACGGCACGCCAGCUACUACGAACCGCUCGGCGGCCGACGGUUCCCGGACAGUGACGGUAGCAGCAGCGAGGAAAACAAGGCCUCAAAGUUCUCCAGCCAGCGACCUCUAGCGGCGGCGGCAGCGUUCGAAACCAAAGAAGUGAAGAGUCUCGCGGAAACCAUCAUCCUGAAUGCCGAAAGCCGGGGCGGUGUGAAGACGCCAAAGAAGUCGUUCGUAGAGGAGGCGCGUAGCCGGUUCGCCCGCUGGGUGUGAGAAGGGCGUGUUCCCGGGCGGUUCCAGAGUCAGCAACCCGCGGACGUUACCCAGAAGUCCAGUCCCAGUCCAGUCCCGACUAAACAUGUACACAUGCACGCACACCCAUACCAGUGCACCUGCACACAAACAAACACACCGUAGCAUGCACCCGAUCUUCCGUAGCAAAGCGCCCUCGUCGGCGAUGGUGGCGACGAUGUCCGCCCUGAACUGAACGCCCCCUGCGCAUAACAGUCCCCAGCUCCCAGGGUCGGUUGUGUUGUUCCUUUGCCCGGGUGGCCAGAUCGGACGCAUUCUUCCAACAUUGACGGACAAUUGAUUGGAGAGAAUGGUAGCAGCACGCAGCGGGGACGCAGACUCUCACACACGCACACGGUGGACAAACAGGACGCUCGCCGUCGGGGGGCGCCCAGGAGGCCAGCAGCAGCAGCAUAGGACCUUCGGUACCAGCUGCGACCACGUGCGCGAUAGUCAGCUCGCUUCCGGCCGUCGUUUCGCCACCUUCGCCACAGGUGUGCAGGUGGUUCCCGAAAUGAUGGCCCGUUGGUCGGUUGGUCUACCGGCGCGGGGUCGCGCUGGCUGAAGGCCAUCAGAAUCAGAAUGGAAAGAAGGAAAGAAUCUAGUCGUUGUUGAUGUUUGUUUUAGUUGUCUCUGUUUACGAUACUACGAUAGUGUAAAAACGUUACAUCAUGUACCCCAUAUUUAGAGCACGUAUAGGAAAAGCGAAUGCGCCUAGGGAGGCGUUAGUGCGUUACUCUGGCACUACCACUGGCACUACGUACAGCGCGGUGAUCGGAUACGGAUCCAUCGGCCGCUCGGACUGGGCGUUUUAGUUUAAUUGUUCAAAUUAGUUUUGGUUGUCCACCUUCACCGUGGCAUUCGCGGUGAAGUUUGCAUUGGUAGCGAGUAACGGUGUUAGGGGCUUCGUCAGUGACCCCUGCGAGGCUGCCGAGCGAUUUUCAGUACUAGUAGUAACCUUUUUAUUUGCCUCGAUUUGUGCCGCAAUUGCCGUUUGUAAAUAGUUUCAUUUGCGUUCAAGUUUAGUUUUAUUUGUUUUGUGUGUGUUUCUUUUUCGCUGGCUCAAGUUAUCCCCCACGCAACACGACAGGUUACGUUGCAUCCUCCGGAAUAACCCGGAGCCGGUGUUCCGUUGUUGGAGAAGGACACCCUUAUGGCUAGUAUUCACUGUGCUAUUUGCGAGUAUACGAGUGAUACGAUACGGGCAGGAGCAGGUAAUUAUUUAGUUGAAGCCAGACACAGCACAGGCAGGUACAGCAAGGGUACUCCAUCCGGCAUUCGACUCGCCCGUCUACAAACUAGGAGCUAGGAGACUUCCUGCGUUGCCGAUCUGACCACUCAGCACCGUGUUGUCGUUCGCGGACGUGAGCUUCCAGGAAACUAUUUAAUCAUGAUAACAAUAUCAGCCACACAUAGACUCAUUUGUAUGCCCUACAUUAUUCGAUUGAUCAGGGUUUUGUAGUAACACGCGGAAGGAAGGAAGGAAGAGAUGUGAGGCGUAGGAAUGUAGUAAACCUCGAAAUACAUGCCCGUCGGUGUGAUA